AUGUGUGCAGCGAUUGGAUACCCUAUGUUGGGAGCCUGUGCAAUUUCAGCUUGCCCCGAGCCCAGCAUGGAAAAGGGAUUCGCGCUGGGCUGUAUCAGCACGGAGGAUUAUUGGGUGAUGCAGGUGAGGAUCUGGAAAGAAACGAACUUCACUGUGAGCUGGGAUAUCGUAGUGGAUUACAUGAAGCCGACUAUCUUCCACAGCAUCGCCCG